AUGGAAUUGCGCUCGCUCAAGACGUGGUCCCGCUACCUGCCUUUGGUCCAGCGAAUCAUCAACGCCACUCCGCAUGCAGCGACAAUGGUUGCUCCCUCUCGGCUUCUCUUCGGUUCGGCGGUUGACACGGACCGCCAACUGUUGAAGCCCAUCUCCUCCGAGAGGCGGUCAGUCACAGUAGAGGAUUACGUGCAGGAGCUCAUCCAAGCCCAGGAGUCUCUGAUCGCAGCAAGCCAAGAUCAUCAGGACAAGGUGAUCGAGGAGCGUCUUUCCCAAUCUGCCGAGAAUCCCACCGAGUAUGCUGCUGGCGACUAUGUCGUUGUGUCGUACCCCGAUCGGCCGCCUAGCAAGCUGGCGCCGCGCUGGCGCGGACCACUCAUCAUCGCCGAUCGUGUUGGUUCCGACAUGUACCAGUGUCAGGACCUGGUCACUCAUCGGUUCACCGACUUCCACGUCAGUCGUCUCAAGAAAUACAACAUGGACAUGACUCCCAACCCGGUCGAGGUAGCCCAGGUUGACAAUGAUGAAUGGAAGGUGGAGCAGAUCGUGGAUCACAAGGGGUUGACCAAGAAGGCCGUCAGGUUCCGUGUGCGCUGGGAAGGCUUCGAACCCACGGACGACACCUGGCUUCCCUACUCCGAGUGUCGAGACUUGGAAGCGCUGGAUGUGUAUCUUGCCGCACACCCUGAGCUUCGUCUCUAG